AUGCCGCGCGGAAGAAGCAAGUCUAUAGUUCAGAAGAUUGCCGUGGAUGUGCCGAAGUACCAGGAGGACAACCUCAAUCUCGGAACUCUGGCUACGACUCCCACGACUUUCAGACUAGCUCGAUCCAAGUCUUUCACAAGUCAGACUGAGACAAGAGUUGAGCAAAAGGAAACGCCGCAAUUCAACCAAUUUAUGUAUCCUUUUGAUACUAAGGAGUCCGCUCUUAUAUGGCACGAAUAUAUCGAAAAGUACAAUUACGACUGUUUGUUGAAGCAGGAAACUAUAGAAGCUAUUCUGGACUUACGUCUGGACGAAAUCUUGAAUUUCCAGUACAACGUUCUGGUUAACCAAUCGCAGAUCGCUGAGUUUAUCGACGAAACAGACGGACUAUUGAACUCAGUUGGCACGUUGAUGGCCAAGUAUGACCAGAUCUCCCAUGAAACUCAAGAUUUUGACAAAGUCUCUAGCGAGUUGUUGAGCCUUCAAGUGACAUACACUAACAAAUUCAAACAGAUCGAGAACUACCUUAAACAUUACGAAAACUUGGAAAAAAUCACGAAGAACUUGUCGAAGUCAGGCUCGCACUUGCUAAACCAUCGUAGACAGUUCUUCAAGAGCGAUAUACUUCAGCAAUUAGAAGAGUCUAUCAUAUUCAUCCACCAACAUCCUCUGUUCAAAGAUGUAGAAUUAUAUGAAAGCAGGUUUAGACAGUGCCUCACCAGGGGCUUAACUUUGAUCAAGUCGUAUGAGAAUAAUGAAUUGCGAGGAAUAUCAGAGGGGCUAUUGCGAAAACUCAAAGAUCAGGACCAGAAAAAGAAGUCUAACAUUACCAUUGACUUGCUUCUCUACAACGAGUUUAACAACUACUUGCAAUUCAAUGGAGAAGCCUUUAAGGAGUUGAUUACGGAAAUCAUUAUCAGAGUUCCGGGGCAUGAAGAAUACAAAGGAUUAUUAAAUGAUGUAUUAAACAACUACUUCAAGAUUCGAUUACAUUUGCUAAACAUGUAUAUCAACAACAACUCGACCAUCCAAAAGUUAUUCAGUCAAAACUAUAGCGGUACAGACUUGGUUCAAAUCAGUCAAGAUCAGAUUUCGUUUUUCAAAAAUGCUGUAGAAAAGGAAGUCACAUUAUUCAAAAGGUUCUUUAUUUCUGAAGGAGAAUCUAUUCCAUCCUUCAUCAAUGAGGAACUUUAUCAAUUCCUCAAGAACGUAUUAGACCCACUUUAUGACAGCAUAAGACAGCUAGUGUUACGAGAAGUGAACAUUUCCAACCUUUGCCAACUUGCAACAUUGUUACAGAAGUACUAUGAAUUCGAAGACGAAGACUCUAUAUUGAUUGACAACAGCAGUGUUGUUCCCGACCUCGACCGUCGUGGCUCGAUCAACUACGAGUUUUUAUUUCAACCAAUUCUUGAAGAUGUUCAAACAAGAUUGAUCUUUAGAAUCCAACGUUAUGUUGAUGACACCUUAGUGAAAUUCAAACCCAGGCCCGAAGAUUUGAAGAUUGGAAAUAGAAGAAAGCGUUCAAGCAUUAAUGACAAAUCUACUGAGAGCAUCGAACAAGUACAUCCAUUAGAUGUUGACUAUGCUGACAAUCUUUUUAAGGACGUAUACUUGCCUUUGGGUAAGGCAUUGACAUUGUUGUCGAACAUAUACGAAUUGAUUAAUUCAAGGGUAUUUGACGAUCUUGCUCACUACAUCGUGCAUUCCAGUAUUAUCUUAUUGAAGGGUGAAUUUUAUAAACUUUCACUGACCCAUUUGGGCACGAUUGAUGCCAAAUUAGCCUAUCUCCAGAACUUGAUUAUCUUGAGAGGUCAGAUCAACAACUUCGACAUUCUGUAUACCCGGAACGAUUACACUAUAGACUUCACUAGUGGAUUGACUGACAUCUGGAAAUCAUUAAGAAAUGGAGAAAUUACGUUUGAUAACAGUGGGUUGAUCGAAUUGGCUAAGAAGACUGUACCAAAGAUCAUCAAUAACAUGAUCGACGCCAACUAUGAAAUUGAGUUGGAAUUGAACAAUGCUGUAAAUGAAUUUGUACAGGAGGCUACAAACAAUAUUUGUGAACCAAUUCUCUUUAAGGCUCAAGACAAAGACAAAUCAGAAUUCUUACAGCGUCCAUUGGAAAGGAGUGCUGAGUUCAAAGACAAUUUGAUCAUUAAGAUUCCCAACUAUUUUACACAGAUCAAGAUCUAUAUCAACAACUCGGGAAUUGUCGAGUUCUUGAUGUACAGUUUGAGCAAUUUGAUUGUUGCUACAUACGAGAAUUUCUAUAAGGUAUUCACUGAAGACCUCGACAAGCUCAAUUACGAACAACGAAAACAAUUUGACGAUAUCAUGGAAGUGGAUACUCUAUAUGGCUUUGUCAAUGACUUGGUCAACAAUUUGUACGAACUGGACCUUGCACAGAACCUAGUUAAUUUGGAUUUCAAUGAAGAUAUCUUGAAAGACUUGGACCUUGAAGAGAAGCCUGACACUGUGAGACGUGCGGUUUCGUUAGGAGAAUCUCCUGGAGCUUCACCUGGAGUGUCUUUACAAGAGCAACAGGAAGAGGCAUCAACUCCGAUGCCCGAAACUAUUCAUGAAGAAGAGCCGGAACCAGUUGAAAAUGGAGUUGAACCAAACAGAGAAAUCGAAGAUGGAAAGGCUGCUGAAGAAACAUUGCCCGCAUCCAACGGAUUCAGCAGUGAAAAAGAUGUAUAG